AUGAAGUUUACUGGACAUUCGCAGUGGGCGACAUUAGCCAGUACACUGGCGGUUGCAGCCGUUAGCUACUUAAACAAUGGACAUGCCAUAUCAGCCGUUAGCUACUUAAACAAUGGACAUGCCAUAUCAGCCGUUAGCUACUUAAACAAUGGACAUGCCAUAUCAGCCGUUAGCUACUUAAACAAUGGACAUGCCAUAUCAGCCGUUAGCUACUUAAACAAUGGACAUGCCAUAUCAGCCGUUAGCUACUUAAACAAUGGACAUGCCAUAUCAGCCGUUAGCUACUUAAACAAUGGACAUGCCAUAUCAGCCGUUAGCUACUUAAACAAUGGACAUGCCAUAUCAGCCGUUAGCUACUUAAACAAUGGACAUGCCAUAUCAGCCGUUAGCUACUUAAACAAUGGACAUGCCAUAUCAGCCGUUAGCUACUUAAACAAUGGACAUGCCAUAUCAGCCGUUAGCUACUUAAACAAUGGACAUGCCAUAUCAGCCGUUAGCUACUUAAACAAUGGACAUGCCAUAUCAGCCGUUAGCUACUUAAACAAUGGACAUGCCAUAUCAGCCGUUAGCUACUUAAACAAUGGACAUGCCAUAUCAGCCGUUAGCUACUUAAACAAUGGACAUGCCAUAUCAGCCGUUAGCUACUUAAACAAUGGACAUGCCAUAUCAGCCGUUAGCUACUUAAACAAUGGACAUGCCAUAUCAGCCGUUAGCUACUUAAACAAUGGACAUGCCAUAUCAGCCGUUAGCUACUUAAACAAUGGACAUGCCAUAUCAGCCGUUAGCUACUUAAACAAUGGACAUGCCAUAUCAGCCGUUAGCUACUUAAACAAUGGACAUGCCAUAUCAGCCGUUAGCUACUUAAACAAUGGACAUGCCAUAUCAGCCGUUAGCUACUUAAACAAUGGACAUGCCAUAUCAGCCGUUAGCUACUUAAACAAUGGACAUGCCAUAUCAGCCGUUAGCUACAGAAGCGAAGUAUGA